GGCGAGGGUUGGCCACCUCAAACUAUCUUAUCUGCCGUAGUAAACUUAUAAAGCCCACGUGAGACGAGCGGUGUAGUGUUACAACCAGUGGGGCUGUGAGAGACCGCUGUUCUCUGCCAUGUGUUCUGUUAUUAGAAAAGAAUUUCGUGUACGCAACGCCUGGCUCAAUUUCGAGCGCCCGGAUUACUUCGGACGUUCUCAGUUAGCAUGCAGUACGAACCUGGGAUGGACUCGCCCGGCGUACGUCAUCUACCGCUUGCUGAUAGCAGCCUAUGCCUGCUUUGCCCUUGUUCACAUCUUCAUCAAAUCCGAGGAUAACUUCAACGACGAUGUCAACUCGACGUCACACAACGUGACGCAGCCGCGACAGUACCACGCCAUUGUGUUUCUGACUGUUUGGACCUACACACUUCUCACCUGUCAUUUGGUACUGGCGUUCAUCAUAUCCCUGGUCUAUUUCAAACACGCAAAGACGUCAUCGACGGAAUGUCAACUGAAGAGCGUCACCACUUCCGGGUUUUACGACAACGCAACUUUCACCUCUGAUGCCGUCAAUGGUUUGGUGAGAGAAAACAACAAAAGCGUCGUCUUCGACAACGAAAAUAACGUCAAAAUUGUCGACGGUUCCACAACAAAUUCGGACUCUUCACAAACACAUGUCGAUAUUGACACAAUUAUUCUUCCUUGGUAUUCCAAAAUAUCCUGGCUCCUUUCAAACAUAGUGUCGACGUUCGCCAUCAUUGUGACUGCAAUAUUUUUCGGGGUGUUAUACACAUCGACGGCCGCCAUCUCCCUUGAAGACAUGAACGUCCACGCCCUUAACACCGUUUUCAUUGUAGUCGACAACGUUGUUAGCGCUCGCCCGAUGCGUCUUCUUCACGUCAUAUACCCCGUUGUGUACGGUCUCUGCUACGUCGUCUUCAGCGCCAUCUACUGGGCAUAUGACCAUCGCAACGUCAUCUAUCCAAUCGUUUUAGACUGGAACAACGUUGGACUGACUCUAGGAGUUACUAGUGGUAUAACUGUGUUAACCUGUGUACUUCAUGUUGUUCAGUUUGCUUUAUACCGUUUGAGACUUUUUGUUUAUGAAAAAUGUUGUUCAAACUAGCGUUGCCAAAUGUAUUAUGUUAUCGAAAAUGAUUCAACCCUGCACCGUGAAUCAAAACGAAAAUGUGCUUUCCCGUGUCAACCUUAUAAUGGUAAUAUUUAUUUUGUUAAAUACAUGUACAGAUACAGAGCAUUGAUUUGACAGAUAUGAAAAUUAUGUUUAACUUUUAUGCAUUUCAUAUUCAUGACAAUGUCAAUUUCGUGAGUAUACUUACUGAAAAAAAUAGUAACUUUGAUAAACACCUUUAUGGUUUUGCAGACUAAUCAAUCUCUAACUGUGCACACAAUAAACCAGUUGUACUUAUAGAUCAGGGUAGUGGUAGCCUUGAAGUGUACUGUAAAUAUUUAACAAGAAAUGAAAAAAAGACGGAUAUUUCACCAUGACUCCAUGGAAAUCAAAUUCUCUAGAAAAAUUCCAUAAUGCAUAUUCAAAAUAUCCUCAAGUCCCGUGCCUAAAAAACACAAUAUGACAGACGAUGACAUGAUUGUAGUUACUUUCACCUUUGAAUAUAUGUGGUGAAAACUGAAUCUCGUGUUCUCUCAUUCAGGCGUCCUUCAUUGUUGCUGGCAACCUGGGCGUGUGUUCAUGGUCUUUAAAUGUCUGUAAUAAUUACAUCCAUCGAUUUUCCGUUCCAGAUCAGGUUGUGUGUGUGUGUAUCCUGUCUCCAUGAUAUUUGUUAAAGUGUAAAGUGGUAAAUUGUUCUCCAAGGUUGUGGCUGUCCCGGUGAUUAAUGGCUUGGAAGUGUGUCAUGUCUUCACUCCAGGUCACGCAGAUAAGCCUUCUUCAAUGUUUGGAGUAGAAAUAGCUCGAUACCAUAUUUCUUUUUCAGCUGUUCGAUAAGCUCACUGUCCUACUUUUCGAAUUACAGUUUUAACAUGUACGAAUAACACCGCACAGAGUUGCGUCUGUUGGGCACGCCAGAAACCUAUGAUCGUUGGUUCGAAUACCGGUUCGGCCAGAUUAUGUUUUUAAGUUUGUCAGCACCAUACCCGUGCUCAUAGGUUUCAUAAAAGCAGUAAAGGUCUUAGACCUACAUCACUUUUGGCUUUCCUUCCACAUCAAGCUGACGUACUGCUAUAUAACUGGAAUACUGUUCAAAGCGGCGCUAAACCCAACUCACUCACUCGCCAGAAAGCUCGAUACAAUUUAUUCACUCGUGGACAUAUAAUCCGUAAUUGUUGAUAGCUCGGUUGUUAUGUUCUAAAUAGAUCCGGGUUUUACCAUGUGGGUAUUUCAGUGUUCUAGGAAGUCACAUUAGUUCGUUGUAUAGAGUUGCGUCACUCAGCCUUGCAAGGAUACGCUGACAAUCAGUUCCAGCAAUCGAUGACUGUGAUGGUCUGUCAUCACUAUACCCGUGCUCGUGGGCUUAAUCUAGAUGGUGUAUGUUUAGGACAUGUGACGCCAUUGCCUUUGCCGAACAUUAAGUUGACACGCGGUGAUGUAACUUUUAUAUACUGUUCAAAACGGUGUUAAACUAAACUCACUCACUCACUUUGAUGGAGUGAGUAAGUAAGUUUGGUUUAACGCCGCUCUUGGUUUAACGUGGAGUGUCAGGGAUACCUUAAAGGAUGCAAGUCUUACCAUUUUUGUGAAACGCACGAGCACGGGUAUGGUGAUGAUAAACCUGGACACAUAAUACAGGGAACAUCUGGAAUUGGCACAUAGGGUGAUGGGUUCUGGUACGCCUAAGGGACGCAACUCUGCAAAGCGUUUGGAGUCAGCUUAAACGAAUGGGGCACCCGUCUAACCACUAUGGUGGAUGCUUCCUGGCCGUGUAAAACAUUUGCUACAUCUUAGUUAGUUAGUUAGUUAGUUAGUUAGUUAGUUAGUUAGUUAGUUAGUGUGUGUGUGUGUGUGUGUGUGUGUGUGUGUGUGUGUGUGUGUGUGUGUGUGUGUGUGUGUGUGUGUGUGUGUGUGUUUUGAUACGUGUGUAUUCCAGUAAAGUAGGACACAGCGGCCGUCACUGUAUUAGAGUAGGUUUAUAUUUAUAUGAUGGUUGUAUAUUAUAUGUAUAUACACGUUUGAUAAGAUGGUUGCACUUACGUUAUAUCAUGUUUUUUAUCAUUUCUAUCAUAUCUUAAGAAAAGUAUUCUAUUGAUCACCUUUUUAAGAUCUCGGGGGCAAAUAGUUCUCAAAUUUAUAUUUUAUUCACAAAUGAAGUCAUAGAAAGUAUUUGUUUGUGUAAGUGCGGAACGUGAAUAAGAGUUCCAGGGCCCCGUUCCACAAAGUCAUCUUAGCGCUCAGGUGAUCGUAACUCCCAUACUCUAACACUGGCUUACGAUAGUCGUAGUGCUUAGAUCACUUUGUCGAACGAUGCCCUGCCCAUAUAAGUAUUAGAUUCGUAUGUACCUUCUUUGUGUUACUGGGAGCACGGGUGGCCCAGUCGUCUAAGACGCCGCGAUUCGCUGUGUAGAGUUGCGUCCCUUGGGCACGCCAGAAACCUAUGAUUGUGGGUUCGAAUCACGGUUCGCCCUGAUUAUGUUUCUAGGUU